AUGGCCAUGAACACAGCGUUCCUUGGGCUGCUGCAGCUGCUGCUCCUCCUCCUACCGCCUUCCCUCCGUGAUUACCUGUGGGCGGCGACUAGCGACCAUGGCGUGGGUCAGAAGCUCCAAGUCUACCACCCCAUUAUCAUGAGCGCCGGCAUCAGCUGCCCCGUCCUGGAGGCGCGGCUCACCGACGCCUACACUCCGUCGCUGCCUCACUGCGGCGAGCUCAAAGGGAAGGGAUGGUUCCCGCUAUGGAACAGCAAACAGGACCUGGUCGACCAUGACUACAUCUCGUGCUUCGAGGAGCAGAUGAGCCUUGUUUUCGACCCCGUCACCAACGACUACCAGAACCGGCCUGGCGUCGAGACUCGCGUUCCAGACUUCGGCUCCGCUUAUGGAUUCUCCUACAAGGAUGAUAGGUAUGUUUCUAGCAACUGCCCAUUUUGCUGUAACAUAAAGCUCCGUGAUGAACUCGAAACACUUGGAUAUCGAGAUGGAGAUACCCUUUUCGGUGCUCCUUAUGACAUACGCCAUGCUCCACCACGCCCGGGCCAUCCUUCCAAGGUGUCCUCGGACUACUUCGCUCGUCUGAAGGAUCUGGUGCAGAAUGCAAGUGCGAAGAAUGGAAACAAGCCGGUUAUCUUCAUCGGGCAUAGCUUUGGCGGAAAGCUCAUCCUCGACUUUGUGAAUUCUACCCCCCUUCCAUGGAGGAAACAAUUCAUCAAGCACCUGGUUCUACUCUCGCCAACACCUUCUACAGGUUUCAUGGAGGUCGUCACAAACCUCGCCUCAGGACCGUCCUGCAUUCAUUUUGAUGCCGCUCCACACCUUGCUUUGCGAACGAUGUGGUGGUCAUUCGCAAGUUCCCUUCUAUCUCUGCCAUCCCAAGCGGUAUUUGCCCAUGAGCCACUCAUAGUCACCAACCACAGGAACUACUCGGCAUAUGACUAUCCAGAUUUUCUUGCGGCAGUCGGUUUUAGUAUGGAAGGAAUGUUGCCCUCUACUAAAUUGGCGCUUCCUACAAAUUUGAGUGUUGAGGCGCCAAUGGUUCCAACGACAUACCUGAGUGGUGUUGGUAUUCAAACAAUAAAGCAGGUGGUAUUCUGGGACGGCAACUUCGAUAUCUACCCAGAAGAUGUGUUUGGCGAUGGAGAUGGGGUUGUCAAUUGGAAUAGCGUGUUAGUAUUCGUCAAUGAACUCAAAAGGCAGCAUUCUUCGGAGAACAUACUCUUCAAAUUCAUCAAGAUCCCUAAUGUUACUCACAGUGAAAUUGCUAUUCAAGACAACUCUCUCAAGAUAAUUAUGGCUGAAAUUUUAGAAGCCAAUUCUUGA